CAGAAAGUCCUUUCCGUAUGGGCUUGUCGAUCUCGUGACACGCAUUACCACACAUCCCUCGCUGUCAACACCCGUGUUGAUCAACAACCGUUCCGACCCCAGACCACAUCAAAGCCAUGAAUCUCUCAACCGAAGCGACCACCAUCCGCAAGGUCGUCCCCACGACGCCCCAGGUUAAAGCAUCUCAGGUGCUCGAAGAGACAGGCCAUAUUCCUCCAACACCAUCCAAGCCCAAGAUCAAAGAGACAAGGCUGGCACUCGAUGACGAAACCUCAGACUUCACCAUCAUCUGCGAGGGCCAGCGCUUCAUCACCCACAAGAGCAUCCUGGAAGCCUCAUCAUCGUAUUUUACGCGCAUGUUUCAUUUCAAUGGCAGGGAGGACGAUGACAAUGAAGUACAGAUACCCGACGUCGACAUCACCACCAUGAAGCACAUCCUAGACUACAUGUACACAUCAAUCUAUCAGUUUCCUGGCGGCGAGGCCGUCCACCCCACAGAUUACUGCAGCCACAGCACCUACGCCCUCCUGCAUGGCCCCCCCUCCGCCCAUCAGAUCUUCAAACGCAAAUGCCCAUGUGCCGGCAAGACGCUAUCUGCUUCUCACCUUCUCCUGCACGUACGCAUUUACACGGUCGCCGACUACUUCGAUAUGCACGACCUGAAGACCUUCGCACGCCAGGGAGUCAUAGACGUUCUGCAUGUGUACUGGCAGUAUGAGGGUCUGGACUUGGCUGAUGCGCUGGAAGAGGCGUUUACGUCUACGCCGGAUGAUGACAAGGGGAUUAGGGAUGUGCUUGUUGAUGCUAUGAAGAUGCAUCCUGGGUUGGUGGUCGAUGAGGGGGAUGUGGAGGAGUGGUUGGAGGAUCAUCCUGAGAUUCAGGCGAGGGUUAAUUGGGAUUGAAUAGGGGAUUGUGAUGCUCAACACGGAUCGCGCGGGUAUUGAGACAAGAGAUGGAACGGACUGCUAAUGAGUGUGCAGCAGUGUCUAGUAAAGUGGCAUUGCUUGUCAGUUCCUUUGUACUCGUGCCGACCUCAUCUUA